GUAGUCUCCCUGCACGCCGUGUUACCGUGUUACUUGUUGAAAAAAUGAGGGUAAAGAAUUAUAACUCUAAUUAGUAUAUAAAAUUAAUAUACUAAAAUAUUAAUUUAUUAAUAAGUUACUGUUUGAAAUAUUGUUUUGUAUCAUUACCACACUUACAGCUCGUGCUACUUGUAAUUUUUUCUUUAUCCACUGAUAAAAAAAAUGAAUUAUAUUCCGACUUCCUGUUUAAUAAUAAGUUUUAAUAAGGCAUAUAAACUCAUUUUAACUGAUUGUUGAUAUUUGAAUCAUUCAUUCAUUGAUUUAGGGAGUUUAGGACUUAUAGAGGGAGUAUGCGGUGAUGCCCCUCCCACCCCUAAAAUUACCACACUUAAGUUAAGUAAAUGACUAAAUAGCAACAGUGAGUCUGAGUGAACUGAGUAACAGAGUAGACUGAGUAGUCAAGCUUUAAGCCUAAGGCUAGGCCAAGGCCUAAGUUAGUUAGGCCGCCUAAGCAGUUACUUGUGGGUAGUAGAGUUAUAGCAGUUAGAGUAGGACAAUGACUUCAAGGAGUAUGACUACUAUAGCUAGCCUAUAUCAUAUUACUAAUUACUAGGCUGUUAGUCAACACAACUUAGUCCUUAGUCAUUGUCACUGUGCCUUCUUAACUGUGCUCAGUGUCAACUGACACUAAUCAGUCAUUAAUAAUGACAAUAGUCACAAUUCAAUGAGGACCAGGACUGAGUUUCAUAAUAAUUCCUCAAGUUCCUCUUCUACAUGGCUUAGUCACUGUGACUCAGUCUGCGGCUGUACUGAACUAUAGGCCUACUCAGUUUUAAUUGACACUAUCAGACUAUCACUACUCACACUUAGUCAUUAUUGACACUAGUGACCAAAUAAAGUAAAACUUCAAUUUAAAUGUAGUAGAGUGUAGAGUAGAGCAACAAAUAAAAUUAUACAUUUUAGAAAUUGUUUUUUUAAAAAUAAAUUUCAAAUGUUGUAGUGGAGAAGAAAAUUAUUAAUAAAGGCUUACAUUAGCGUAAAGUAACAAAUUAUAUUGGCACAAAGUGAGAAAAAAAAAGUCAAAGAUUUAAAAUUCAUACGGGUACGGUAUGAAGAGUUUUUAUAGGCUACAAAAAAAUUUUUAUAUUGCUAUCCUUGAUUUCCAACAUUAUAUUUCAUGAAAAAUGGUUUUUGGGCUGCAAAAUCAAGCGAAAAUGUCUACUCCAGAUAACAGCUAAGUUGCACCAAGUAAAUUGAAACCAUAGAUUGAGUUAGAAUAAUGCCCAAUGGCAAUCACUUCACCAAGCUCAAUAUAUUACAUUGAUACUUCAUCAAAGAUUCUUGUCAUGUUGGGGGCAAUCCAUAUGUAAAAAAAAUGUCCACCCUGUUGCAUCUGUACAUUUGUUUAUCCCCCUCCCCUUUGUACAUAUAAAAUGAGAAUCCAAGCUCCGCACCUAUUUAAAUUUAUACAUAGAAUUAGAAUAUUAUGACAUGCACAGAAAACAAAAAUCGCCAUAAACCAUGUUAAAAAUAAUACCAUUGGUUUUCUCCACUGUCUGUUUGCAUAAUGAAUACAAUCUUUGAUUCAGCCAAACUAAAUAAUUACAUCACAAAUUAAGUCACACACAUGGACUUAAGUUGCCACCAAUGUUCCUUUUAAGCGACACGGCCGCGCAGCUAUCUCACAGACGGCGCGCAGCAGUUUUUAGUACGGCGCAGCAAAUUUCCAUGCAAGUAAGUGGGCAGUAAAAUUUUGCGCACAAAAAAUUGAAGCUGUAAAACUUUGCAUACAAAUGUAUGAUUUUGCACACGAACCAACAAACAUUAGAGGGAACAUUGGUUGCCAUUAGGCUAAAUAUUACAGCUGCUUUAUCUAACGAGUUCAUUUGUGAAAACAUAAAUCAACAGUGUGAUGAUAUAUACAAAACCUUGUGUUGAUAUUUUUGAUAGCUUAAAAAAUAACAAAUCAUGGAUUUAAACGAUUUUUUGGUGAUGGCUUUAUUAGUAAUAUAAAUAGAAUAGGGUAUUUAUGAACCAUCGAAAUUUAAGGAUCAUUAUUGCAUAUUUGUGCCUAAAUGUAUGUGCACAUUCUGAAAAGGACACCCUCCCCAACUCAAACACCAUAAAUUAAUUAUACAAAAUCAACAAUUCCCCCCCCCCCCUCAAAAAAAAUUAUACAUAAUUUAAGUUGACUCCUUAGAUAUUUUCAAGUCUUGCUCAAUAAUUAGUUAGGCAGUUCAUUAUUGUAUUGCUUUAUUAAAAAGCUUCAUUUGUGUUUUGAUUAAAUGUUAUACCUUUAGUUGGAAUUCUAUUCUUUUUACAGUGUAUGACAGAGAGAGGGGUGGGGUGGUAAAGGAUGGUUAAGGAGUUAAGGGGGUGGUGGCAGGAAAAAGUUUGAGAACCAACAGUACAGACGAUAGAUAGGCCUAUAGUAUAAUAUAUCCUAGAUACAGUAUUUUAAUUUAGUCUUCAAUGAUUCAAGAACUUAAUUUUAUCCAUGUACAUUAUAUAGGAUAUCUCAAUCUGAUAAAUAUCAAAUGAAAAAUAUAUAUAGUCGAGCUAAUAAUAUAGGCCUAAAUGUAACAUUAUUGAUUAAAUAAGAGUUAGAAUAUAACUUAUGUCAUUCAGUUAUCCUUCCCCCAGGCUAGUCUGGUAAUUGUUGAAUAAAAUCUUAAAUAAAGAAUGUAGUCCUAAUCAAACAAGGUUUUCUAACAUUGAUUUUAAUUUAUUUUUUUGCAACAGAGCUAUUUAAAUACACUAAAGCACCUUAUUUAACAAGAACAUAUAAAAAAAAACAAGCAAAAAAACAUUUGAAUUUCAAUGUUAGUUUAUCAUUUUAAAACUCCAGGGAUAAUGUUUCUUUAUUCAAUAUAAUUUACUGUGCAUUCAAAUGUUGAUGUCUCUACUUUUUAUUUCAAUUUAAAGGCCCAGCAAUAUUCUACUUCACUACCAAGGUAACUACCAAGUAAUCUGAACUCUUUGAUAUUAAAAAAAUGUCUUAUAAUGACAAAAGUUGGAAUCAACAGAAUGAGCAUGGUGUUAGUGGACAACAUUACCAUACUAAAAGAUCUUCUUCUACUGAUGGUGCUUACAGGCCAACUAAUAUUCAUUCAUUGACUCAGAAUGGCCCACCACCGCAUCAGAGAUUCCAGCAGCAGCCACGAAAUUUUUGUCACCCACCAGUUUUCGAAAAUGCUCCAGGAACAAACUUUGGUUUCUCUGGUUUCAAUCAAAGGCCAAGGUUUCCAUAUCCUUUGAAUUUGACACCACCACAACCCUUCCCAAACAUGCCACCUGGUCAUAGGCUCAACAUGCAACCUGUGAAUCAAUUAGGUCAAAGUCAGGUCAUCUCAACUCCUCCCCACCCUUCAGUGAUUCAAAAUAGCCAUCUGGAAUCAAACAUCAAUUUAAACUACACUGUACCUCCUCCAAAUUUGAUUCACCAGUCUUCAGUCCUCCCCAUUUCCCAACAGGGAUAUGGCCAAAAUUUCCACAAUCCUCCAUUUGUUAUUCCAACCAAUAACUCACACUCAUUUAUCAAGCAAAAUGUUAAUCAACAUAUGGAAUCAAAAGCUGCCAGUGAGAAAAACAUACCAGUACAAAGUAAAAUUGAACCCCAGCACAUUGGAACACAAAAGCUGCAGACUUGGUUACAGAAGGUGGGCAAAUUAAAAAAAUCAAAGACAACUGUAUCUAAGGAGGAAAAAAGUGAACCAAAUGUAAGUUAAGAUUGUAAAAAGUUCAUUUGCUUAUUUAUCUAUUUGAACAUAAUUUCCUUUUGUCUCUAUACAUGGGUAAAUAAUUGUGUCUCAACAUAAUUAAAAUUAUAAUUAUAAGCGAUUAAUAUGUUGUAAAAAUCAGAAUCUAUCAUUUUAGACAUUUUGGUCUUCAAUAAACCAACUCAGAGAAUUAGCACAUCUAUUGACAACUAUGUCAACCCAAGUGUAUUCUAUGGCUGAAUCUUGUUCAUCUCUUAAUAAUUCAUCUUGGGAGAAGAAGAGGACAGACUUUGAACAAUUGAAGGUAGUUAAUUAUUAGUUAAUGAUAAAUGAUAUUUAAAAGUUUUGACUCCAAUCAACUUAGAGUCACAUUUGAUUUUUCUAUGGUUUUAGCUUUUUUUUAAAAUUGAUACAAGUUAACAAAUACAAACAAAUUUAAUUUUUAAGUGACUAUCGUUUUAUUAAGAGCCAUACUAAUUGAUCAAUUUAAAAUAAAUUGUCUUGUGAAUUUUUAUUCUGCACAGUUCUUCAGAUUUAUUAUUUACUUUCUAAAUACAGUUGAAAUAUUGUAGUUCUGCAACAGUUCUGGAAGAACAUUCAUUGUUUAACAUUUGCAAGAAGUUGACUCAAAUAAAAAAGAAAAGGGUAUGUUUGCAAAAAUAUGUUUUCAUUUUUACUUCUUUUUUUAAAAAUGAGAAUAACCCUGUUUCUUAUUAUAGGUCUAACUUCUUUUUUCACUACUUAAUUUUCAUAUCUGCUAUUUAUGGCAAUGCAUUUACUGAAGAUACAAAUAGAAUACAGAUGCUUCAACUCAUUUUACUUUUAAAUAUAGCGAUAUGGAAUAUAACCAGUAAGUGAAUGUUAUAAACUUUUCUUUUCAGUAAGUAUUGCAAGUUAUCACCUCUACCUGUUUCUUGCAUAAAAUAACUUGGUGUACAUGGAUGGUGACAUCAACAUAUCCUUUCAUAUGAAUUUAAAAAACAACCUUUUUUGUAUCCUUAAACUAUCUUCUUGUACAAAGAUUCUAUUAAAUUAUGUAAAUUUUAAGGGCUUAUUUUUAAAACAACAGAACAAUAAUGAGAAUUUACUGAAGCAUUUAUUGUAGAAAUUAAUAAUUCUUUCAAAAUUUUGUUUUAUGUACUAACAUUCGCUUGUUCCCUUUUCUUUCUUUAGCCUAAACCACUUUUUAAUUAAUGUUUAAAAUGUAUUAUAAAUUAUUGUAAAAUUAUUUGCAAUAAUUGCAAUAUUGUCAUCUUUUGUCUGAAGCUUUUUAGAAACACUUGGCAUUAAGUGUAAACAUGAUAUGUGGUUUCAGUCAAAUACGAUGAAUGAAUACAAAAGCUUAAAGCUGGAUUUUAUAAUUGUAUACGGAGAUUUUUUUAUAUGUAGAGAUAAAUGUGCAAAGCUUUGAACACUAUAAUUUGUUUCAUAACUUUUUUGAACAAUAACACAAAUAUUAUUGUAAAUUCUUUCAUUCAGAAAAGGUUGAACAAAGCAGGGUGCCAAAAAUUUGAAAGUUGUAGAAGCAAAGUACAAGAACGGGAAGAAAAAAGUCACCAGAUUGACAAAUGGCAGGAGAGAAUUCAAGUGGAAAUUAGAGAGGAAAACUUGGUAUUCUUCUUUCGUGAUAAUUUUUACUUUCCUUCUCCUUCAAUUUUGUUUAUGAGUAAUUUAAAAAUGUUCUUAAUAUCUCUGAAGUUUUAGUUACAUUAAAUGUUAUGAUUUCCAGUUGUUCAUGUCCACCAUUUUUUUUUUUAAAGUGAUUAAUUUAUCAAGCAAAUCUUUUAUCAGAGGAAAGCAAGGAAAGAGGCUGCUGAUCAGACUUUAAGCAAAGUAACAAGAGAAAUCCAUGAUGCCAGCCGUCUGAUUGAAACUAUGCUUGCCCUUCAGAAACUGCGCCUUGUAAGAAGAGAUGCUGCUCAGAAAAGAGGUGAAAAAGAAGACACACACACACAUAUAUAUAUAUAUUUAUAUAUAUAUAUAUAUAUAAAUGCUUUUAAAGCCAUCAAAAUAUGAAAAUAAAAUGACAAUGGAAGCUCAGUAUUAUAUAAAAAUGAGAUGUGAUGACUGUAGCUUUAACAUAAUAAAGCAAUUUACCCAAAUCUUUCAAAAUGAUCAUAAAGCAAAUAAUCCUGAUAACUGCUGACAUAAAAUGCAUGUGAUUAUAUCUGUACCUUUUUAUUAAAAGGAAAUUUUUAAAAAAGGCAUGAUUUUUCCUUUUGCAGGUGACAUUGAACUUGGUGAAUCUAGACAAGUAUUUGAAGAAAAAAUUGCUGACAUGAUGAGACUGGUUCAGUCUCAAUUGGAUUGCUACAAGGAAGAAGAGGCCAAGCUCAAGGUGAGCAUGUUUUAUAUGUGAAGUGAAAUACUGAAGCUCAAAAGAAAUUUUUCAUGUACCUGUAAGUAAAAAACCCAUCAUAUUCCCAAAUUAAGUUAUAACAUUAGUACCACUCUACUCAAAUUGUGUUACCUAAAAUUUCCUUUAUUCUUUAUUUCAGCAAGUCAUUCAAUCAGAGCAGGAAGAAAAGAGCAAGAAAGAGAGAUUAGUUCAAGAAGAAAAAGAUAAACAAAAGCAGCAGGCAGAGGAUGAAGAAUAUAAAAUUUUAUUGUUUGGUUUUCAAGGUUAGAUAUUAACUACAGUUUUUAAAGUUUUACAAAAAUUUUUAUAAAAUUCGGAUCAUUAAAAACAUUAAUCUUCUAAUAUACUUUGAAAGAGUAUUUAAAUAAAGCCUAGUCAGGGUAACUAGUAAUUAAAAUAUUUUGAAGACUCGCUGAAAACAUCUUUGAAAGCAUUUAACAUUGACCAAGGCGUUUUGGGACAGUUCUCAAAGGUUCCAUACUCGUGGUGCUCCUCCCUACUCAAGGGCCCAAUGCAACAUAAGGCCUACAGAAAAGCUACUGCGGAACACAAAUGACAAGCCAGAAAAACCCAAUUUAACUCUUUACCUGGAGUUGAACUAUCCAUCCCCUGCACCUUCGGCACCAGAAUUUGUUUAUGCCAGAAUCAGCCUGAUCAGCCAUCUUCACACCCACUCACAGAUUCAGCCCCAGCAAGAAGCCCAUGUUUAAAAUGGUCAUUAUUAAUUUUCAACUGAUGACCUACCAUGUAAUUGAACUUUGAAGCAGUAUCAAUUUUUUAAAUAAUAAAUGCUAUUUUUGCUCUGCAGAAGAAGUCUCAACUGCAGAUCCAAUAUUUCCUUAUGCUGAGUAUUAUAAACAAGCUGAGGCCAGUCUUCAAGCUUUUGUGCAAAUUAGGUAAGCAUGAAACAUUGAUGAAUCUGCAGAUACAGUUUAAUACUAUAUGCCUAAGUUAUUUAUCUAUCUGCAUUGUGCAGUGCACUUGCAUUGUGCAAUCGACUUGCCUUUAUAUAACAUAUGGGCUUUGGUCUGGAAAAGUUUUACAAAUAAUAACACCACAGUAAGCUUGGGAAAUGAACUAGUUCUCUCUAAAAAAUUACCCUAGUUACAAAAUUUGAAAACCUCAUUAAAACACAUUAAAAAUUAUAAUUAAUAAUUUUACCAGUUGAUUAAUUUAUAACAACUUCCAAAAAUUAAAUUAAUUUGAACAAGACUCUUGAUUAGAAACAUUUUAAAGGUUAAUUCUAAAAUCUUCGAGCAGCAUUUUAAAAUAUUUUCCCAUUUUUUUCCAGGCAUGAAUGGGACACAUUUUUAGUUCCAGCAAAUACUCCAGCUGCUAGUCCUAUACCUGCAUCAUGGGUCAUACCAGAUCCUCCCAGUAGUUUGACAUGGGCCCUUGCACUUAAAUAAAUGUUUGCCUAAGUUCUUAUGUUUGUGUACCAUUUACAUUUAA